UGCAUUGCAAGUGUUAAGCCUGUGUAAUGCUCAGGUGAUGGGUGCACACUGUGGGAUUAUAGAUAGCUGUUGAGUGGUUUGUAGUUAAGACUUCCACACUGUCCCAGGACUUCACUCAUACAUUCUCCUCAACAUGAAGACUCUCCUUGCUGUGCUGGUCCUGUUUGCUGCUGUGCUACACACUGUGUUGUCUUGUCCGCUGUGUGAAGGUGAGGGACUCAAGUGUUUCACCUGUGUGGCUAAUAACCAGGACGAGUGUAACCGGCAGGGGUCUACAGUGUGUCCGGCUCACUCAGAUGCCUGCUCUACUAUCACAGGACCCCACUCAGUGAUGAAGUCAUGUGCUUACAAGUCCUUCUGUGACAAGUCUCACAUGAGCAAUGGUGAGAUGAAGCUGGAAUGUUGCUUCAGCGAUGACUGUAAUGGCCCUCACCGGUCCCACAGCCACGGGGAGCACCAAAAUGCUGCCAUGGCACUGAGCUCCAGCCCUGUCCUGCUCAUUGGGGUCCUGCUCAUUAGAGUGGCUGUCAAUUCACUGUAAACCCUAAACACACCGACCUAUUGCAUUACAUAUUCAAUUAAUCUGAGUCUGAUGGAUUAAUGUAAACUGUAACCUUUAACUGUAAAUGUAACUGAUAGAAGUGCUUUUGUCUAUUGAAUGGCCACAUUAUCUGUGCAUGUGCUUCUGCUGUUAUACAUACAAGGUUUAAAUAAGCCCUGCUUAGAAUGUGUCAUUUUAUGUUGUAUAUGAGCUCAAAUGAGCAUCUACGAAACUAAUGAAUAAAGUUAAUAAAUGACUAUUUUAUUGGCAUUAUCAAGUCAUUGUGUUGUAAAUGCUCCAUUGUCUGUCUCUUUAAACGAUAGUUUCUAUCUAUCUAUCUAUCUAUCUAUCUAUCUAUCUAUCUAUCUAUCUAUCUAUCUAUCUAUCUAUCUAUCUAUCUAUCUAUCUAUCUAUCUAUCUAUCUAUCUAUCUAUCUAUCUAUCUAUCUAUCUGUCUGUCUGUCUGUCUGUCUGUCUGUCUGUCUGUCUGUCUGUUAUAUAUCUAUUUGUCCAUCUGUCUGUCUGUCUAUUAUAUAUCUAUUUGUCCAUCUGUCUAUCUGUCUGUCUGUCUGUCUGUCUGUCUGUCUGUCUAUCUAUCUAUUUGUCUGCCCGUCUGUCCAUCUAUCUAUCUAUCUAUCUAUCUAUCUAUCUAUCUAUCUAUCUAUCUAUCUAUCUAUCUAUCUAUCUAUCUAUCUAUCUAUCUAUCUAUCUAUCUAUCUAUCUAUCUAUCUAUCUGUCUAUCUGUCUGUCUGUCUGUCUGUCUGUCUGUCUGUCUGUCUAUCUAUCUAUCUAUCUAUUUGUCUGCCCAUCCGUCCAUCCAUCCAUCCAUCCAUUCAUCCAUCCAUCCAUCCAUCCACCCAUCUAUGUUCGUCCGUUUAUCCAUCCGUGUCACACUGCAUGUCUGUCUUUCUGAUUUUAUCAGUCUGUCCACAUUUCAUUUGUCUGUCUACAUAUUUAUCUUUCUGACUGGCUAGCUGUUUGCCUGUCUAUUCAUCUUUAUGAUUUUCUGUCUAUAUAUCUGUUUUCCUAUAUGUCUGCCUGCUUGCCUAUCUAUCUAUUCAAAUUUCUUUUUGUCUGUCUGCAUGUUUGUCAGACUCUGUGUGUGUAUCUGCAUGUAUCUCUCUAUCUGUCAGACAGCUUUCCAGUAAAUAUGGAACAACGCUCACAUUAUUCCUGUUGAGGAAACAUCACACAGACUACAGGGCAUCCCCAGCAGAAUGACGUCAGUUAUGUGCAGCAGACAAACUGGGGCGUCUGGAACUUUCAUAAUCUGCCAGUCAGGAAUGGUUUCAGAUUCCAGUGUUGGUGGGAGGAAAGGGAUGAACUCAUUUAAAAGUGUCGGAAUAUAUUCAGAGGCAGUGUCGCUGCUGCAUCCAACUGAGCGUGUAACUUUGCCGAACUUUUUAAAAAAGGUCCCAUUGAAAGCAUAGCCAUGUUGGUCUCUUCUGCACUGUGGUCCUUCCUCAGUCUCUUGAUCCUGCUGACCCUGGUUCAGGCCCAGACUCAAUCUCAGCAGCCGAAGAUUCAGCUGCGCCUUGCUGGAAACAAACGCAAGCAUUACGAGGGCCGCGUGGAGGUUUACUAUAACAACGAAUGGGGAACUGUCUGUGAUGAUGAUUUCUCAAUCGAAGCUGCCCACGUUGUGUGCCAGGAACUUGGCUUCCUGGGCGCUGUUUCUUGGACACCAUCUGCAAAGUUCGGACAAGGAGAAGGUCGCAUUUGGCUGGACAAUGUCCACUGUGCAGGAAGAGAGAAAUCUCUAGCUGAUUGCCCCUCAAAUGGCUUUGGGGUGUCUGACUGCAGACACAGUGAAGAUGUCGGGGUGGUUUGCAAUCAGAAGCGCAUUCCUGGCCACAAGUUCAUCAUCAAAACACUGAACAAUGAUGUUGAGACUCUCAAAGAAAGGGUAGAAGAAAUCCGUGUGAGACCCAUAUCAUCCCACCUCAAGCGCAUACCCAUCACGGAGGGCUAUGUGGAGGUGAAGGCCCACGGAAAGUGGCGACAGAUCUGCGAUGAGGAGUGGACCCCCAUGAACAGCCGCGUCGUCUGUGGAAUGUACGGAUUCCCUGGAGAGAAGAAAUACAACAACAAAAUCUACAAGUCACUGUCAAUGCGGAAGAAAAAGAACUACUGGGGUUUCUCUGUGAACUGUACAGGAAAUGAGGCCCAACUGUCUGGCUGUAGACUGGGCAAACCUCUGGAGCCAAAGCGCAAUGGCACCUGUGGACAUGGCCUACCCGUGGUGGUCAGCUGUGUGCCUGGAAGAGCUUUUGCCCCCUCACCAUCCACUGGCUUUCGAAAGGCCUACAGACCAUCGCAACCCCUGGUGCGUCUGCGGGGAGGUGCUAAGAUUGGUGAGGGAAGAGUGGAGUUGCUGAAGAAUGGAGUUUGGGGAACUGUGUGUGAUGAUAACUGGAACCUGAAUGCCGCCUCUGUUGUGUGUCGCGAGCUUGGCUAUGGGACCGCCGAAGAGGCAAUCACGGGAGCAAAGUUAGGCCAAGGAAUAGGCCCGGUCCAUAUGAAUGAGGUGGAGUGCUCUGGUUUCGAGAAAUCUCUUACUGACUGCUACUUCAAUAAUGAUGCACUGGGCUGCAGCCAUGAGGAAGAUGCUGCUGUACGCUGCAAUGUUCCUGCCAUGGGUUUCCAGAAGAGGAUUCGUCUAGCUGGAGGAAGAAACCCAUAUGAGGGGCGUGUGGAGGUUCUUGCUGAGAAGAAUGGUUCUCUGGUUUGGGGAACUGUUUGCAGUGAAAACUGGGGGAUAAUAGAUGCGAUGGUGGUCUGCAGACAGUUGGGAUUAGGCUUUGCCAGUCAUGCAUUUCAGGAGACAUGGUACUGGGCUGGAGAUGGCGGUGUGGAUGAUGUGGUGAUGAGUGGGGUCAGAUGCUCAGGCACUGAGAUGAGUCUCAUGCAGUGUCUUCAUCAUGGCAAAUACAUCAACUGUCCUAAAGGAGGCGGACGCUUCGCCGCUGGAGUCUCCUGCUCCGAGACUGCCCCUGACCUGGUGCUGAAUGCUGAGCUGGUAGAGCAGACCACCUAUUUGGAAGACCGGCCCAUGUACGCUCUGCAGUGUGCCCUCGAGGAGAAUUGCCUAUCCAGCACUGCCAGAAAAGAUGACCACAGCUCGUAUCGGCGCCUGCUCCGUUUCUCCUCCCAGAUCCACAAUGUCGGCCAAUCCGACUUCAGACCCAAAAUGGGAUACCACGCCUGGAUCUGGCAUGAGUGUCACAGGCAUUAUCACAGCAUAGAGGUUUUCACACAUUAUGACCUGCUGAGUCUAAAUGGCACCAAGGUGGCAGAGGGUCACAAGGCCAGCUUCUGCCUGGAGGACACUCAGUGUGAUGAAGGUAUUCAGAAACGAUAUCUUUGUGCCAACUUUGGUGAACAGGGCAUCACCGUUGGCUGCUGGGACACCUACAGACACGACAUUGAUUGUCAGUGGAUCGAUAUCACAGAAGUGAAACCAGGAGACUACAUUUUUCAGGUUAUUAUCAAUCCAAACUAUGAUGUAGCAGAAUCAGAUUACACUAACAACAUCAUGAGGUGCAAAUGUCGUUAUGAUGGAUACAGGAUAUGGACGUACAACUGUCAUACAGGUGGCUCGUGGAGUUCAGACAUGGAUGAAUACCCUGGAAUGAGCAACCAGUUGUUCCACAGAUAGAGGAAACUGCCAGGAAAGACAAAGGUUCUCGGUGGAGGAUGUUGCAAGCUGUCACUCAGACUUUUACAAUUUGAUUGACCACUCAGAACUGUGCUGGGAGCAAGAGAUCCAGCACAUAAAGGGCAGACACUGACAUCUUUCCUUUUACAGACCACCAAGUGGAGAUGCACCCUUUAGGUUGAAAGGCAUAUCAUGUUUUGCAUAAUUCUUACUACAGUAUAUCGCGCUUGCUCUGAACCUAAAGUAUCUCACUUCCUUAACAUGUACUGUACCGAUUGUAUUUGUCGCUUGUAGUCUUUACAAACUCAUGCCAUGAGGUAAUCUUCAAACUGAAAUGCGAACUGGGAUCAUCAUUAACAUUUCAACUCUUUCAUAGGCUUUUUCUUCAUUGGAAUAUAACUUAAAGGGAAACGUUAUGUUGUCAUUUACUCACCCUCAUAGAAAAGUCAUUCACAGAAAGUCAUUCAGGUUUGAAACUACCCAUGAGUAACUGAUGACAGAAUUUGAACUUUUAGGUGAACUAUACCUUUAAAAUAUUGCGGUUUCAUAAACAAACCCAACUUUUUCUUCUCAUGUACACAUAUACUUGCAGCUCUGUUAGACACAUUUCUGGUUAUUCAUCAAGCAUGUCAAAUAAUUUAUUAUGUUCAGUCAGGGAUUUGUCAACUUUAAAUGUAUGCAAUAUGAAACUGUAAUUAGGUGCAAAUCUUUUGAAAAAGCUCCCUCCGUUUUAUGAGGGUACCUAUGACCAGUUAAAUGGUUUUAAGUUAUACAGUGUGUUUAUGAAUGGAUUGAACAACACACAUUGUGAAACCAUUGUAUUGUAUUCUAUAAUAAAAGAAUGGAC